AUGCCACUCAAACGUGCCACGACAUGCACAUUGACUGUUCCAACGCCAGAGACAAGGCCAGCUAGCAGGGGAAGCACGUCUUCGCGAACCCCGUCCCGAACACCCUCGCGCACCGGACUGUCUGUGCGAGAGUUGCUCCACAGCCAGUCCAUGUUGUUGGAGUCCACAUCAAGUCCACGGAGCUCGCCGAGACCAAAAUCACCCAAAGAAAGCACGGGCCGCACCGCUCCGCUGUCUGCACACGCCCCACAAGCACUCUCCCUGCCCCAGCUUCGCCCAGUAAGAUCGCAGCACCGCCAUCGCACCUGGGCUGGCCCCGCACCUCCUUGCGAUGGCUUUGGCUUUGGUAUGGGCGAACGAGAGGGUGGCGGUGAUGAGGCUGCAACAGCCGUGCUACCAAAGCCUUCUAGUACAAAGGUGGAGCUCGGCGCCACGAUGAGCAUUCCCCGCGAACCCCGGACCUCCGCUAUUGACCGGCAGUGGGAGGCGGAUGCAACGUUCCGGCCAACGCCUCAGGCGCAGCUCUUAAGCUUGCUCUCUCCCAAGAGGGAGGAGAAGAGGUCCAAGGAAAAGGUCGAAAGGAUUGAGAAGUUGGAGUCCGAGAACGAGCCCAUCAGCCCCACCAGCCCCAUGAGCCCCACCAGCCCCAUGAGCCCCGCCAGCCCCAUGAGCCCGGGAUCCAAAGGCCUCGGCUUCAGCAGGACUUGGGGCGGAGGCCGGGGCUUCAGUAAGCGAUUGGGAGUGCCCUCGCAACCUCCCUCCCGGCGGCCUUCGUCGGAGCCUUCGGAACCUUUGAAGAAGAUCCGCAGCUUGGAAGAAGGCGAGAAGAUCUUCGACCUCUACUACUGGGAGAAGGUUCUUCAGCAAGAAGGAGAUGGCGGGAAGGUGGUGGUGUGCCGACCUAAGGACCAAGCAGAUGAAGAGUUUAACUUCGUGAUGAAGAUCAAAAGCAAGGAAUCGCUUCGCGAAGACCUGCAUGAGGAAGAAUUUGUACGGGCACAGACAAGGCUCUUGAAUUUUCCACCCCAUCCGGGUGUCAUACGCUUGAGGGAGAUCUUAGAAGACGAGACCUUUUACUACGUCGUCAUGGACCGGGCUUCCGGUGGCCCCUUCUUCGAAUGCUUGCUCCAGGAGUACAAAGACGGACACAUGCCACCCCAGGCAGUCUCCAGCGUGGCCAGGGACAUCUUGGCCACACUUUGCCACCUGCACAAACAGGGCAUUCUCCACAGGGACAUCAAGCCCGACAAUUUGGUGAUGCAUCUGCAGGACGACUCAACGGGAAGGAAGUUGCAGAAGGUGGCACUCAUCGAUUUUGACCAUGCAGAUGCAGCAUUCAGUCCCCAAGCUUCGAGAAGUCUGGCAAGGCACUGCUAUGGUACCGCACGGUUCAAUGCUCCGGAGGCUUUCUUAGGCAUGUAUUCCGCGCACACAGACUUGUACAGUGUCGGUGUCAUCGUAUAUUUGUUGCUGACGGGAGCGAUGCCAUACCCCUCUGACUUCUUCGAGUUUCCAGAUCACAGCCCCAAGUCGCCAGCGGCGAACAGGCGCUGGAUGGAGAACGUCGUGAUCCAAAUGCAAAGCCACCCGGUGGACUGGAGCCACAUGACCUUCAGAGAGAUCCCACAGAGCAAGGACUUCUGCCAGAGAUUGCUUGCCUUCGAUCCGGCCGAGCGCUUUGGCUCUGCUAAUGAGGCGCUCUCGCAUCCUUUCUUGCUGAGUAAGUCUCAGUCCGAGGCCGGCAACGAUGAGCUGCCUUCGGACGCAGAGCUCAUGAAGUCGUUGAAUGCGCGGCUGCCUCCAGAAGUGCGCCUCAACAAGGAGCGUGCGCUGAGGGCAGAGGAGACGCUGCGCAAAGCCGACGAGGCCAUCAAAGCCUUGGGCAUCGACUUGACGGCUGAGACUCCCAAGGAGCGCCAGCUGCUCCCCGAGCCCGCCGGUGCUCAGGCCGUACUUUGUUGGCUCAGUCAAGACGAACCCGGUCCUGCCACACUUCGAGAGGCUCUGCAAGCGAGAAUGGGGGAGGUCAUCCGAGAAGCCCUGGACCCGAACGAGAUGCACGGGCUGUCGGCCGAGGAUUUCGGCGAGAGGCUCAGCGGCUGCAGCGCGGUGGCCGUUCACUGCCCGUCCGAGCUGGAUGCGGCGCUGCAGGCCAAAGCCUGCUUGGGCCUCACCGCCUUGAUGGAAGGGGCGCCGGAGAGCGUAAAGCGAAUUGUGCUGGUUUCUGACUCUCGGGCUGCGACAACCGUGGAGCGACACUUGACCAAGGCUCUUCGGGAGCGCAGCCAGAAUGCAUCGCCCAUCCGGCUCAACAUCAUCCGGGCCAUGUUAGCUUCAACAGGCAGAGAUGAGGAACUUCCUGUGCAGGUCAUAGCAAAAAUGCCAGCGACGGUAAGAGAUGCGGCUCGAGGGCUUCGGUCCUCCCUUGUGGGCGGCGUGCGAAGUGCCGUCGCCUUAGCCGAAGCUUUCCAAGAGCAAGGGGACAGCAUUCAGGCAAACACCUCGCCAGAGGUCCUGGCCGUGGUGUUGGACUUUGCUUUGCAAAGCGGCCUCGAUGUUCCGGAAGUUACUGUGGCUGGUCAAGCUGAGGGCUCGGACUUCGAAGAGCUUUUGCUGCCCCUGGUGGGACCCGAGCUCUGGCGCCUAGAGGUUCCGAACGCGCGCCGGGCGCGCGCCUGGGUUCGAGGCUGGGUGGAGUUCAACUACUGCCGUGGGGCCAACCAGAACGGUGCGGCCAUGAAGAAAGUGGGCCUGAAGACUCCGGUGGAGGUGCGGCAGUCCUCCCUGGGGAGCUGCAUCAAGUUUCUGCCUCCUGGGAGUCGCCAACCGGGUGCCGGCUUCGACGGCUUGCUGGAAGGAGGACUGGAGAUCCUCGUCGAUGAUGCUACGACCACGAGGCCGGCUCGCAUGCGAGUUCGCCGAUGUGCCUAUGGCUGGCGGAAGAAGCCACGCGAGAGUUCUGAGCGUGCCAUUCUUUCGCGCCUGCGCAAGGACUGGGAGCUCUCGGAGAAGCUGAGGUCCUAG